AUGAAGGUCCUCAUCCUUGCCUGCCUGGUGGCCCUUGCUCUUGCUAGGGAGACUGUAGAAAGCCUUUCAAAUAGUGAGGAAUCUAUUACACACAUCAAAAAGAAACUUGAGCAGUCUGAACGUGAGAAACAGCAACAAAGAAAGAAUGGACGCCGGGACGAAAUCCACUCCUCUGUCCAGCCACAGCCUGUACUCUAUCCUUACGCUGAGCCCAUCCCUUACACUGUUCUCCCACAAAACGUUCUGCCUUUUGCUCAGCCUGCUAUGGUGCUACCUUUCUUUCAGCCUGAAAUAAUGGAAGUCUCUAAAGCUAAAGAGACCGCCUUUCCUAAGCGCAAAGUGAUGCCGUUUUCUGAACGCCAAAUCCCAAAUCUCACUGAUCCCAAAAAUCCACACCUUUCUCAGCCUCAGGUCCAGCCCUUGAUGCACCAGGUCUCCCAGCCUCUUUUUCAGAUUCCUAUGCUUCCUACUCAGCCCCUGCUCUCCAUUCCUCAGCCCAAAGUCAUGCCUUUUACCCAGCAAGUGAUGACCUACCCUCAGAGAAAUAUGCCCAUCCAAGCCCUUCUGCAGUACCAAGAGCCUCUGCUUAACUCUGACAGCGAGUUGGACCCUGUGGCUCAACCAUUUGUCCCCGUUUACAAUUUGCAACAAGGCCUGGUUUCUGCAGAAGCUGUGGAGUGUCUGGAUAACGCUAUUGUGAAAUACAUGGUUUUAGGCCCUAUUGAGGUAAAAUUUGAAAAACAAGAAGCGGUAGAUGGGAGAGAACUUGCAGCUUAA